AUGAUUAAACAACAGCAACCACAGACCAUUACAUACGCCACAUAUGCAUAUAAUUCAAAGACGGCAGAACAAACGCAAAGGUUGAAAUAUGGAGAUUUGGAGAUAGUAUUGAAAAAUGACCAUUUUGAAUUCGUUUGCAAAGGUGGUGCAGUGAUAUCAAAUAUAAAAGAAAUUUUAUUUAUGAAUUCAAAAAUUAAAGGAAUAACGGAUGAUAUAACAUCAAUUCCACCAGAAGAACAAAGAUAUUACGCAUUAAAUGCAUUUCCUAAAGUUUUGAAGAUUGGAAGAUUUAAUUUAAAUGAGGAAUUCAUAAAAGGUUUCCUAAAUGACAUAAUGAAGAAGGCAGAUAAGGAAUAUGUUAACGAUGAGUUAAAUAAGAAGGCAGAUAAGGAAUAUGUUAACGAUGAGUUAAAUAAGAAGGCAGAUAAGGAAUAUGUUAACGAUGAGUUAAAUAAGAAGGCAGAUAAGGAAUAUGUUAACGAUGAGUUAGCAAAGAAAGCAGAUAUAUCAUUUGUUAACGAUGAGUUAGCAAAGAAGGCAGAUAAGGAAUAUGUUAACGAUGAGUUAG